AUGGCUCUAGAUCAAACGCAGACUUUCGCUGGUUUGGGUCUGUUGCCGUCCUUGUGUGAGGCGUGUCAAGCGCUUCGGUUGCAACGACCUACCCCUAUCCAGCAGGCGUGCAUUCCAGCAGUACUCAACGAGCGAUACCGCGUUGUCAUUGGAGCCGCUGAAACAGGCUCUGGGAAAACUGCCGCUUUCGUGUUGCCAAUUCUUCAGUUGUUGGUUCGUGAUCCCUGCGGGCCAUUUGCGGUGAUUCUGACGCCAACGCGGGAGCUAGCAGCGCAGAUUGCGGAACAAACCCUCGCACUGGGGUCGCGAGUAGGCGUCAGAGUUGAGACGGUUGUAGGCGGCCUCGAUGCGGUGCACCAGACCACUGUACUGGAAAGAGAACGCCCACACAUUCUCGUGGCAACGCCUGGGCGUCUUGCAGCGUUUAUUCGGCAGCAGCAAGCAGCUGAUCAGACUUUGCUCCCGCGUAGACGGCCAGAAGGGAGUCAGCGCUGUCGCUACUUUUGCAGAUUGCGGUUCCUGGUGCUUGACGAGGCAGAUCGUCUCCUGGAAGAGGGUUUUGCGGCAGACCUGGCGACACUGUUGGGUGCGUUACCCGUAACGCGUCGUACGCUCCUAUUUUCUGCUACAAUGUCGCGACAGAUGGAGCGCAUUCAGCAACUGGUCGUGGCGGAAACCGACGGAUCCCAGGUAUUUGCAUUUGACGCGAAUCGAGGACUCACUGACCAGGGGAUCUACGCGACAGUGGCGUCGCUGAAGCAUUACUACCUUCUCGUUCCGGCCGCGAUCCGAGAUGUAUAUGCCGCAUACGUCUUGCUGCACGUUGUCGGUUCAGGAGAGGACGCCGUCCUCAAGAUGCUGCGACGCCGUCGGCGCCAGCGCGAGGCCCGCACCGCUGACGAAGACAACGACGACGCUGACAAUGACCACGUCGGACGCGACGAAACGAACGGAUCAAUGGAAGCCACGGCACUUGGAGCGCAUACCAGGUUCCCGAAUGGCGAAACCGACGGGUCUGAGUCGCGAUCAUCACCGACGAUCGAGUCGAGUAGCGCCUCGAUGGUGCUUGCCAUGGUGUUCACCGCGUCUUGUGCCCAGUGUGCGAUUUUUGCGAGCAUUUUGGAUCGACUCGGGCUGCCGGUUGGCGCCCUCCAUGGUAGACUAUCACAGCCUGAAAGGAUAGCGGCCCUGCAGGGUUUCAAAUCAGGCAGACACCGCAUCCUUGUUUGCACGGAUCUCGCCGCACGCGGCCUCGACAUUCCCAAAGUUCAUCUCGUGCUCAAUUUCGAUGUGCCGCGGGAUGUCAGCGUUUACGUACAUCGAGUCGGGCGAACAGCGCGAGCCGGCCGACCCGGUAAAGCGCUAAGCAUGGUCACGCAGUACGAUAUUGCACUUGUGCAAGCGAUCGAGGCAACCUGUGGUAUCCGUCUCGCAGCAUGGGAUGGCCCCGGUGAGGCCACAUCCGAUAAUCGAGUGAUGCGCAUCCUCGCACCCGUUCUGAAAGCGCGUCGAAUAGCUCGCCUGGAAUUGCUCGAACGUGGAACUAUCACCCAAGCCGAGCUCAGUGACUUGGGAAAUCCCCCGAAAUUGGCCCGCCCACGUACAGCUUCCAAAAUCAUCACCAAAUUGAGCCAUACCCGAUAG